AUCUAUUAGAAAUAGCAGGUAGAUCUCUCAAAUCACAGUCCUUGAUGCACCAAGUUUAGAUAAAAGACUAGAUUGCCAUCAGCUGUAAGGCAGUAAUAGCUGCAUCCGUUAUCUGUCAGUACUUUUUAGAAAAGUUCAUAUUUAUAUGCUCUGUAAAAAUACUCGGUAAGUCGUAUAACUCUGAUCUAUGAUCGAAGACAAUCUUCCUGUUUUCAUUCAGACUUAGUGCAUCAAGAACUGUGGUUUGAGAGAGAUUUGGCUGACCAGAAGAGAAGGGCGCGCAGGCAGGGGACGAUUGGGCCUUUUCGAUCGGGGUAGCUGAGAGCGCUGGACGUGUGAGCGCUUCGACACGGUGAGGGACAGCAACUGCUAUUUUUAGCGUUCGGGUCGGGUCACGUGGAAGGGUACGUUACCACCGGAGAGGUCUGCGUCGACGAAGAGAUGAACCAAAUAUGACUGAGAGUGAAAAGAAAGCUACCUCUGAUGCAGAAUUUAAUGUAAAUGAUUACUGGAUCAAUCGGUGGAACACUGGAAAAAUCCGUUUCCACAGGGAGGAAAUGCACAUAUUAGCAGAUAAAGGGCAUAAUGUUGUUGGAGUUGACAUUGCAGAACAAGCUUUCCAGGAAUUCUUUACAGACCAGAAUUUGGAAUAUACUGUUGAAGAAUUAAAGGACAACACAGGAAAACUCUUUACAAGCAAAGAUGGGAAAAUCAAACUAUAUUGCAUGGAUAUUUUUAAAUUUUCAAAGGAUUUUGAAGGACAGUUUAAUGCUAUUUGGGAUCGAGGAGCUUUUGCUGCUAUCAUCCCCAAAACCAGAGAAAGGUAUGCCCAGGUGAUAAAAGGGUUACUUUCCCCUGACUGUCACUAUAUGAUUGCCACAAUGCAGUAUGACCUUUCCUUAUUUCCAGGUAAAUCAAGAAUGGUAGAGCAAGAUACACUAUAACCACUUGAAUAUAUGGAGAGAUUUUCCUUUCUUUGAAAAUCAUCCCUCACAAGAAUAUGAACCACUUAUAUUGAAGUUCAUAUAAAUUUCUAAGUAAACAUGAAACACUUUCCAAAAAGACUUAAAAAUAAGGACCUUUCAUU